GCGAAAUAGUGCUGCCAAGUUUUGUCAAAACGUUUGACAUAUGUAAAUAAGAACAAGCAGUGCCAGUGGUAUUUUUUCGACCAACUCAAGUUUUUUCGUGGAUUAUAAAAAUGUAUGCCGUAACACGUUCCCUCAUUCGUUCACCUGCCUUGCGCCAGGGCUUGCAAAUGGCUCAAGUGCAAAGACAGGUAUCAAUGAAAGUUGUACCUGCUGCUAGCACCAUCAAAGAUGAAUCGUAUACCGAUAAAAAUGUCCGCUUGGGCCGCGAAUUGUCUCCACAUUUAACCAUCUACAAACCCCAAUUGACCUCUUUGCUGUCAUUGACUCACCGUGCCACUGGCAUGGUUUUGGGUACAGCCGUUUGGGGUCUUGGUUUGGCUGCUCUCAGUUCUCCUCAAGAUAUUGCCAACUAUGCUGCAGUCAUUGAGGGUUUGCACUUAAGCACCGGCACAUUGACUGCUUUGAAAUUUUUGGUUGCCUAUCCCUUGGCCUACCAUACUGCCAACGGUAUUCGUCAUUUGUUGUGGGACACUGGACGUUUCUUGAAAAUUAAGGAAGUCUAUUCAACUGGUUAUAUAAUGCUUGGCAUGUCAUUUGUUUUGGCUGGUAUUUUGGCUGCUUUGUAAGAAAAUCGUCUUAAAUUUUAGGCAAGUUAUUGUCCCAAGUGCUGUGUACUAAUUCAUUGGGCUCUCAUUACAAAAUAAAUAAGUUAUAAAGUUAUUUUCCAUCUUAAAAUAA